AUGGCCGCUCCUCCUGAGCCUUCUGUCUCCUCUUCCGACGACCACCAGCGGGUCAAGGACUCCCCUCGAAGCAUGUCCGGGAUCCGAUCUUAUUUCUCCCGCAUGCGCCUCGACGAGGAUGUCUGCAACCAGAACUACUCCGGCAAGGGCACGGCCGACGACCCCUACGUUAUCGAUUACCUGCAGAACGACUACCAAGAUGCUAUGAAUAUUCCCAUGCAGCGAAAAUGGGCCAUUACCUUCCUCCAGGCCUUGUCCGCGUUGGUGGUGACCUUUGCUAGCUCUGCGUACGCCAGCGGCAUCGAGGACGUCAAGCGGCACUUUGACGUGUCCGGGGAGGUGGCCACACUGGGCUUGUCGCUCUUCGUGUUAGGGUUCGCCCUGGGGCCGCUGAUCUGGGGGCCUCUGUCCGAGUUGUACGGGCGCAGGUCUAUCUAUGUGAUUUCAUUCAUGGCGUUCACGGCGUUCAGCGUGGCGGCGCCGUGCUCGCCCAACAUUCAGUCCUUGUUGGUUUUUCGCUUCUUUGCGAGCGCGUUCGGUUCGUCGUCGAUGACGAAUGGCGGGGGCGUCAUUACCGACAUGUUGACCAAGGAGCAGCGCGGAGUGGCGAUGGGAGCGUUUGUCACGGCUCCUUUUCUGGGGCCUGCACUUGGGCCCAUUGCUGGUGGUUUCCUAGUCGAGACCCAGGGCUGGCGCUGGAUUCUCGGUUUAAUCGCCAUCCUGGCCGGUGUGGUCUGGAUUGCCACCACGCUAACCACUCCCGAAACAUAUGCGCCGUUCAUCUUGCGAUCUCGAGCGAGGGCCCUCUCCAAGAUGACGGGAAGCGUCUAUGUAUCCCGACUCGAUGCGGGAGAGCCGCCCAAGACACUCACGCAGGAGCUCUCGGUCGCUCUCUCGCGCCCCUGGAUUCUUCUGUUUCGCGAACCCAUUGUCUUGCUGAUGUCGCUGUACAUGUCUAUCGUCUAUGGCACACUGUACAUGCUUUUUGCCGCAAUUCCCAUCGUCUUCCAAGGUUCCCGAGGCUGGAACGAAGGCACCGCCGGACUUCCGUUUGUCGGGGUCACCAUUGGCGUCUGUCUUGCCACGGUGUUGUCAGGCGCGGACAAUAAACGCUACGUGCGUCUGUGCGCGACAAUCGCGGCAAAGGGGGCCACAGUUGAGCCAGAAGCCAGACUGAGUACGGCCAUGGUAGGCUCUGUUGUCCUUCCGAUUGGUCUGUUCCUAUUUGCGUGGACGACGUAUCCUUCGGUGCACUGGAUCGCACCCGUUAUCGGCGCCUUGCUAUUCUCGUGUGGACUUGUCCUGGUCUUCAUCUCGCAGCUGAGCUACCUGAUUGACUGUUAUACCGUCUAUACUGCUUCUGUGCUGGCGGCCGGUUCGAUGCUUCGGUCCUUGUUCGGCACUGCAUUUCCACUGUUUACAACCCAAAUGUAUGCGAAUCUCGGAGAUCAAUGGGCGAGCUCUAUUCCUGCGUUCCUGGCGCUUGCAUGCGUGCCUAUCCCGUUCCUGUUCUAUAAGUACGGUCCGAAGAUACGCUCCAAGUGUAAGUUUGCCUCUGAAGCAGCAAGGAUGCUGGAGUUGAUGCGUCGUGGACAAGGCGCCAUGAUGGGAGGCAAGCCAGAGAAGAAGGUUGAAGAGACUGUUUAG